AUGGAAAAAGUGUUAAAAUCUGUCAGACCUCAGCUGAGAAGCAUUCAGGAUAUCAAUCAUCGGGUGUGUAUUCUUCAGGAUUGGACCCUCAUAGCAGUCCCAAGAAAGCACCAUAUGACUCCAGUCACUAUUGCCUUAAUUUCAUGCCAACAUGUGGAGACCCUUGAGAAAGACAGAGGGAACCUCGUCUACCUGGGACUGAAUGAGCUAAAGCUCUGCCUGAAGUGUGCUAAGGUUGGAGAGCAGCCUGCACUGCAGCUAAAGGAACAGGAUAUAAUGGAUUUGUAUGACGAACCCAAGCCUGUGAAGCCAUUUCUCUUCUACCACAGUUAGAGUGGCAGAAGCUCCACCUUUGAGUCUGUGGCCUUCCCUGGUGUCAGCUCUGAAGGAGGCUGUCCUGUCAUCCUUACCCAAGAACUGGGGAAAGCCGACACCACUGACUUUGGGUUAACUAUGCUGUCUUAAGGUUAGUUUGGGUUUGGAGGUUGGUCUCCAUGCAGAGAAAAUCU